AUGGCCGCCGAUGCAGUUGCAGAAGCGGGCCGGUCUUGCAACCGGCUGCAUUCCAUCAUGGCCGCCGAUGGUGUCGCAGAAUCAGCUAACUGGCCCAUUCGGUUGCAAAACGGGGUGACAGCCCAGACGGACGUGGCGGAGCAGGAGGUGUACAUCGGCGCCAUCACGCGUCGCUCAGUGGUGUCUGCCAGGACAUGGAUGCGCCUGGGUGCCUGCUGGCUAGCUGCUGCCACCCCUAUGUCCACCACCAUCGCACCACCAAGCCUCACACCCUCCAGGCUGACCAGGGCCCUGGUUUGGAGCUGCUGGCUGGUGUGUCCAGCGGAUGGCGGAUCACAGUUGCAGUGGCUUCUGCACACAGACCCCAAAGUGCGAGUGCCCCUCGCCAUGGUGCAUGCAGCCACGCCAGCGGCCAUGCUGCGAUAUGCCUACAACCUGCGCUCCUACCUCUGCUAA